AUGAGAGCAGCAGCAGCUGCUGCUGUUGAAGAAGACAGCGAAUUCUCUUUUGCAGAUUUCAUUGAUAAGCACAGACAAGCAAGGAAGACAGCUGUGGCUGCGGGAGAAGAGGCGAGCCACCUCGAUGCAAUUUUCGGCGCCGGCCCCGUAGAACACAAGACAAUUCUUGAGGAGAGGGAGCCGUCGCCCCCCCAGCUGCAGCUGAGCAGCCGCAGCAGCAGCAGACACCGCAGCAGCAGCAGACGCCGCAGCAGCAGCAGACGCCGCAGCAGCAGCAGACACCGCAGCAGCAGCAACGAAAGAAGCAGGAGCAGCGGCGGGGACCGGAACGCCAGCAGCAAACUGCAGCAGCAGCAGCAGCAGCAACAGGGGCGGCAGUUAUCAAGAGAGCCUUCCCAACCAGCAGCAAAAAGCCAAGCAGCAGCAGCAGCAGCAGCAGCAGCAGCAGCAGAAGGCCCAGGGCUGCAAGUGAUGUUGCUGUCAGCAGAGGCAAUUCUUUCAGAAGAGCAGCAGCAGCAGCAAACUGCAGCAGCAGGGUCUUCGAGCCUGCCCAAGUGGAAGCUCAAGCUGCUGCAGCGCCAGCAACCGCAGCAGCAGCUGUAG